GGGACGACGCGGCCGGCUCCUGAGCCCUUUGUGAGGGCUGCGGGAGCGCCGGACGGCGGCACCAUGAGCAGUGCGGGCGGAGCGGCGGUGGCGUCCGUGAGCUCGGCGCCGCCCGCGCAGGAGGAGGGCAUGACAUGGUGGUACCGCUGGCUGUGUCGCCUGUCGGGGGUGUUAGGGGCCGUCUCUUGCGCCAUCUCCGGCCUCUUCAACUGCGUCACCAUCCACCCUCUGAACAUUGCGGCCGGCGUGUGGAUGAUCAUGAACGCGUUCGUCCUACUGCUGUGUGAGGCGCCCUUCUGCUGCCACUUCGUUGAGUUUGCGAACACGGUGGCGGCGAAGGUGGACCGGCUGCGCUCCUGGCAGAAGGCCGUCUUCUACUGCGGGAUGGCCGUCGUUCCCAUCGUCAUCAGCCUGACCCUGACCACACUGCUGGGCAACGCCAUCGCCUUCGCCACCGGAGUGCUGUACGGACUGUCUGCUCUGGGCAAGAAGGGCGACGCGAUCUCCUACGCCAGGAUCCAGCAGCAGAAGCAGCAGGCAGAUGAGGAGAAGCUCACGGACACCCUGGAGGGGGAGCUGUGAUGCGGUCGGGGGACCCGCCCCCACCCCCCCCCCCCCCACCGUCGGCCCUCUGGUCUGUGUGAGCACGUCCCCGAGGCGCACUGACCCUGAGGGGCAGCCUGGAAGAGGAGGCUGCGUCCAUCUCCCUCAGUCCCUCUCAC